AUGGCGUCUCGCGAAGGGAUCAAUCCCUUACGCCCGUAUUAUAUCCCCCAGUCGGGCUUGUCACCCGCCUCCCACGCGACCCCUGAAAUACCGCCACCGUCGGCCCAGGUGUUUGGCAGCUCGGCGCGCGACCUCAUCCGCGACAUCGACUACGCAGAUUAUCUGGACUCAUCGCCCUCAGUGUCCGAUUGGGUCCGCGAUGCCCUGAACAGAGCCCUUGUUCGAUAUAGCAAGGUUCUUACUGCACAGCCCUUCGAUGUUGCCAAAACUAUUCUGCAGGUGUACGUCGUGCCGGACGCCACCGAGGAACAACCGGAUCGAAGGUCGAGUCCUGGAACUGGCGGGAGUUCAUAUGAAUCAGACUCCGAGUCAUCAGAUGAUGAGAGCACUUAUUUUACCUCCGCGGCGCCCACGACGCCUAUACCGUCGACACCGCGAUCUCGCAGGGGCCGGCAUCACAUCACAGACCGCAGUGGCUACAUCCGAGACGCCGCACCUGCGCCAUCUAAGCAUGCCCUGACGAUUCGCAACCCGACCUCCUUGACGGAGGUUCUCUCUCAACUAUGGACGACCAGCGGGCCGAGCUCCCUCUGGAAAUCCUCUAAUGCAACAUUUAUCUAUUCACUGCUCCUCCCAACCCUCAACACAUUUAUUCGCAGUCUUCUCUCGGCCAUCAUCGGCCUUCCAGAGGAAGACAUAGCCUCCUCGAUGGCUGCCGACAUCUUAACAGCACCUUCCCCUGUGGCGACUCUAAUCAUAUCCUUCAUUUCAUCAUCUCUAUCUGCGAUGCUCCUCUCUCCGAUCGAUACUGCUCGCACUUACUUAAUGCUCACACCCGCAACGCACGGCCCGCGCUCCCUCAUCCGUGCCAUCCGCCAGCUCCCUACUCCUAACUGCACCAUUCCACCACACCUUGUCCCAAUCACCAUUCUCCACUCUAGCCUGCCCAAUUUCAUCACCACCUCGACCCCACUCUUCCUCAAGUCCUACUUGUCAAUCGAUCCCCUCCUCAAUCCUUCCAUGUGGAACCUUUCCACCUUUGUCAGUUCUGGCCUCGAACUUGCCGUGCGGUUUCCCCUCGAGACUGUCCUCCGCCGCGCCCAGAUUGCCUCAUACACUUCCUUGAGCCUGCGCCAGAAAUCCUCUGGUGGCAGCAUCCGCGCUGCGUCUAUUGACGCUUCGGAUGUUGAGACAAUUGUUCCCACGCCACGUACUUACCGUGGUAUCGUUGGCACGAUGUGGCACAUCGUCCACGAGGAGGGCGUGAGCCCCACCCCCUCCGAGUCCGAACGCGCCCGGCAGCUGAUCGGCAAGCCGGCUUCGCAGCACGAGCGGCAGAAACGGCAGCAAGGCCAAGGCAUUCAAGGCCUGUACCGCGGAUGGCGCAUGGGUAUGUGGGGCAUCGCCGGUAUUUGGGGCGCCAGUCUGCUCGGUGGAUUCGCCGCUGAGGAGGAAGUGACCCUUCGUGGCGGACAUGGUCGGUCUAGCGGUGGGCGUUUCUAG